CCGCCUGGGCGAGCCACGUGGGCCUAGCGGGAGGGAAGCUCGGCAGAAGGAGGAUGAUGGCGGCGCCUGAGCUGAGCCGCUUUUACAAGGAGCUGCCGAAAGUGGAACUCCAUGCCCACUUGAACGGCUCCAUCAGUUCUGCUACCAUGAAGAAAUUGAUGGCCCAGAAACCAGACCUUCAGGUUCAUUAUGGAAUGACCAUGAUUGACAAGGGGGAAAAGAGAAGCCUGGAAGAAUGUUUUCAGAUGUUCGAGAUCAUCCAUCAGGUUACCAAUAGAACUGAAGACAUAUUAAUGGUAACCAAAGAUGUUGUUCAGGAAUUUGCUGCUGAUGGAGUCAAGUACCUGGAGCUAAGGAGCACGCCCAGAGAUGAGCAAACCACUGGUAUGACCAAAAGAAUGUAUGUAGAAGCUGUACUUGAGGGUGUAAGACAAUGCAAGGAAGAUGGAUUGGAUAUAGAAGUUAGGUUUCUGUUAUCAGUGGAUAGACGAGGAGGACCAACAGUUGCCAAGGAAACAGUGAAAUUGGCCAAAGACUUCCUGCUUUCCACUGAUGGAGUGGUUGUGGGUUUAGACCUCAGUGGAGACCCUACUGCAGGACAUGGCAAGGACUUUCUGGAACCUCUCUUGGAAGCCAAAAACUCCGGGCUGAUGCUGGCGUUGCAUCUUUCUGAGAUCCCAAACAAGGAAGAGGAGACCAAGCUUCUCCUGGGUCUGCCACCUGACAGAAUCGGGCAUGGUACAUUUCUUCAUUCUUCAUCGACAGCCUCGCAGGAUCUGGUGCAGCUGGUUCGGCAAAACCGCACGCCUUUAGAACUCUGCUUGACAUCAAACCUCAAAGGUCAGACGGUGCCUUCAAGUGACCAACACCACUUCAGGUUCUGGUACAAGACCGGCCAUCCCAUCGUGCUUUGUACCGACGAUAAAGGUGUUUUUGCAACAGACCUGUCUCGGGAGUACCAGUUGGUUGCAGACACAUUUCAGCUGUCCAAAACACAGAUAUGGGACCUGUCCUAUGAUGCUAUCAACUAUAUUUUUGCAUCCAGUCACACAACAGCAAAGCUAAAGGAACAAUGGCAUCAACUGAAACCAUCUCUGCUUGAAUAGUCCUAUCCGAACAGCAACAACCAUAAUGUACGUGUUUCACAUCAUGUUUCCUGAGUGAGUUUGUACAUUCAGUAGAAUCUGCUGGUAGAGCUUUCUACUGAACUAUACCCCUUCAGCUUACAGCUCUUGUUGUCGAAUGGCCCCUGAUGUAAAAACUCUCUGCCUGUAGAAAAUGAGCGCGUCAGGGGCAAAGUUAAGCUAAACAUUUCUUCCUGAUAUUCUAGUUUUCUAUAUGUAAAUUAAAAAACAAAAACAUUGGGGAGGCAUCUAACACAGUUUGCCCAGGAAAAGGUUUGAGUGCUUAAUUAUAUGAAAGGCAUAAACCAACCCUUAAUUGCUCCACGCAAUGAAUUGGUUGUGUUCAGCAAUUCAUGAAAUAGAUGAAGCAGUUUUUGUUGUGGGUUGUACGUGUGUGUGUUGAGAUUUGCAAUGGCACGGACAAAAAUUACCUGAUUGAUACAGUGAUAGGGAGCAGCCUAAAAACAUGUUUAUUUCUGCUGCAGGAAAUCCAAAUUGCAAACCAACCUCCCUUCCACCCAGUCACUGAUUGACAUGAGGCAUGGUUCAUUGCAAAGUUCUCUUGUUCAUACCAUGCUUUUACACCGCUCCUGAUCAUUUCAGCAUAGCUCGUAUGAGAAUAUGUUACAGUGGAUAUUGUCCCAUACAAAUCAGUUGUGGGGUACCACCUCAUGUACCAAAAUAUCCCAGGUUGACCCUACAAAAAUUAGGUAAGGGAAUGUAUUACAGCAUAGUAAUAUGGAUAUAUUUAUAUCAACUGUGCAAAAGCAGUAGGAUCUAGGCAAAGACCAGGAGGACGUGACUUCAAUGUGUUCCUUUUCAGUUAGCCUAGGGGGAAGUAUUGGGUCUAGCCAAACCUACUGUGUCUUUCCAUAAAUCUCUACCUGGCCAUGGUAGGUACAUUUUAAAAGCAUGGAAUGUGCCUUCAUACUGCCUUCAGCCAUAAGGACAGAAACACAUUCUUGAUUCUAUGAAUGAUAUGAUAGAUGGGGCACAUUUAUCAGCAAAUGUGUUAGCUUUGCUUUUCAUGAAGAAUCUGUCAACAUCACAAGGCUGAUGCAAAAACAAAGCCACAUCAGGUUGGAGACCAGGUGCAACUUCUUCAUCAGAGAAGCAACACGAUUUUCCCUCUCCACCUCCACUGUGUGCACACCCUUUUAAAAAAGUGUAUUCUUUGAUGGAUGCACUGCUAUUUGCAGAUGUAGAAAUGCAGUCUGUUGACUCACACAUUCACCUUUGAUAACUUGCUCAUGUGUAUGAGACAAAACACAGAGUGGGCUUUUGGAAGGGCAUAUAUAUAGCUCAGUGGUAGAUCAAGUCCCAUUUGGAAGAUCCUAGAUUCAAUCCUCAACAUUUCCAGGAAAAGGGAUCUCAGGGUGGUGGUGGAUAUUUAGAAAGACCAUUGCUUGGCACCCUGGAGAGGAGCUGUCAUUCAGUGUAGAGACAAUGAUUUGAUCUAAUAAAGGCAGUUUGAUCAAUUCAUCUAGCCCAGGGGUAUCCAACAUGGUACCUUUCCAGCUGUUGUUGGAUUACAGUUCCCAACACCCCUGAUUAUUGACCAUGCUGGCUGGGCUGAUGCGAGUUUUAGUCCAAAACAGCUGGAAGACACCAGAUUGGGGAAGGUUGCUUUAAAGGCCUAUUUUGUUUGUUUAAUGUUUCAAGGCAUAGCAGAAGAAAAUUGUUUUUAAAAGAUGUGUUUUUAAAUUUGUAUAUUUGUUUUAAUGUUUUUAGUUACUGUAAACUGCCCAGAGAGCUUUGGCUAUGGGGCGGUAUAUAAGUACAAUAAAUAAAUAAGAUGUAGGAGCCUUUUCUUACUGUAGCAAUAAAAUAUAAAAUACUCUGAUGCUAUAAAAUGUCAGUUGGCUUGAAUACGAAAAGGAAGUCCUAGUUUUGUCUCUUAUUGAGAGAGAAAUAUGUUGCUCCAAUGGCUGUUUUUGUAUAACUAGGAAAUUCAGCAGACAUUGCUCUGAGAUUAUGGGGUUUUACCACAGGCUUAAGCAGGUGAUGCUCUUUGCUUUUCUCUGCUUCAUGGAGGGCAGCAGGAUCAUGGGCAUAUACAAAGUGUGGGCUGCAUCAGUUCAUGUAGGAGGUUGUUAUUAUUUCUAGAGUGCCUCUAUGCUGUUCAAAAAAUGAGAAAGACAGUCCAUACCACCACCACCCUUCCUCAUUUCUCAUGU